GAACAUCCCUUCGUUUUUCUUUUUGUCGCCUGCUCGCUCGUUUGUCGUUGCUCGUUGCUUCGACUUCUAAGUUCUAGAAGUACCAUUUAAGUUUAAUAAGUGUUAACUCCGAUUUCAGAAACAAUAUGAAUAAGAUAUUAAGAAUUAGGGAAAGCCUGGUGUUGUCAUCCAGAAUGAUUUGUACAAACAUCUACUUCCCUACAUUUCUACAAGUUUCUACACCAUUAUUAGCAGAGCCCAUGAAAAAAAAGAAAAAAAUGGACCCCCAAAUUCUCAAAGCUAGGGAAGAACGGAAAAAGAAGAGGAUUGAAAAGUCAAUCAAGAAACUUGAGAAAAAUGUCAAGCAAUUAAAACCAAUAGAAGAAAUUGAUUUAUCCAUCAGUCUUCAAAAAGAAAAAUGGACAAGAGAGCGGGCAGAAACAGUUCCAGAACCAUUAUUGAGGCAGAGACAAAACAUUUUGAAAGCUUGGUGUACCUAUAAAUAUCAACAGCACCUUCAAGAAAUGAAAAUGGUGGAUCGUAUUGGGACAUCACAAUCUCGAGCCUUGGAGCAAUUAAGAGAGAUAUCUGAAAAUCUGUACAUUGGUGCAAUACAGACGGAUAGCACAUUACUGCCCUUUACUGCAGUUGGACCUAGCAGUACCCCUCCACUCAAUAACUAUGAAGUAGAUGGAGAGUAUAUUGAUGAGACACCAAAGUGGAAAUAAUACAGUUUUGGAAUAUUGAAUCAGUUAUGAGACUUUUAAAUGCUAUUCAAUAAAAAAAUAGAUUUCGUUAUUGAGUUCAUAAGUUAUAAAGUAAGGUGGCAUCGAAUGAAUACGCUAAAUCAAGCGCAGUAGCUUUAAAAAACUGUAAUUUUCCAUUUGAUAAAGAAAGCUUUGAAAUACAAAUAGGAAAACAAGUA